UGGACAUAUUCUGACUAUUCUGCACUGAACAUAGUCUAUUUGAACAGAGCUGGACAUAUUGUGAGCUGGAGCAAAUAAUAGAAACUUAAUCGGAAAACUAAAGUGGAACAUUAUUUUACCGUAUUUAUAAAGUUAUCAGUUUCACUAUUACGUGGAGAAAUAAUACAACUAAUAACAUUUUCAUUAAGAUUUGGAUUUCAACACUGGUGGAAGUAUUGCUUCCAUUGCGCGCUGGAAGCAGCUGAAUUUUGCACACUGAGGCGGCUGUCGAAUUUGGUUGUGGAACUCUCCCCCCAAGCUGACAUGGAGGAGUGGAGGCAAUGCGGGCGGUGGUUGAUAGACUGCAAGGUUUUGCCCCCAAACCACCGGGUCGUGUGGCCUUCUGCAGCCGUGUUCGACUUGGCACAGGCGCUACGAGACGGAGUGCUCUUGUGCCAGAUGUUGCACAACCUGUCACCGGGGUCUGUGGACCUAAAGGAGAUCAACUUCAGACCCCAGAUGUCCCAGUUUCUCUGUCUGAAGAACAUCCGGACGUUCCUCAAGGUGUGCCACGACAAGUUUGGCCUGCGUAACAGUGAGCUGUUUGACCCAUUUGACCUGUUCGAUGUCAGGGAUUUCGGCAAGGAGAGGAGAGUGACUGUGGCAGCGGAGAAGAGUGACUGUGACAGCGGAGGAGUGGAGAGUGACUGUGACAGCGGAGGAGAGGAGAGUGACUGUGACAGCGGAGAAGAGGAGAGUGACUGUGACAGCGGAGGAGAGGAGAGUGACUUUGGCAGCGGAGGAGAGUGA